AGCAGAGCAUAGCAUCGCAUUGACGGCAAGCUUCACAGAGAAGGACGAAGAUGAAGCAGAAACCCCACUAAACCCCUCUCUUCCUCCCUAUCUCUCUGGUUCUCGUCGUGCUUCACGGCAAUAGGGAAGAUGGACUUCGACGACAAUCCGCCUCCAGCUCCGACUCGGACGACGAGGUUCGCUCCCAAGUCCGCCAAGGCCGCCCUCAAGCCUCCCAAGUCCGAGCCGGCUCCGAGGCCCAAACUCGAAGCGCUGGAAGCGAAGGCCGGGCCGCAGAGCGAUUCCAUCUCUCCGGGUGAGCAGGAGUCGAAGGCUCAGGUCGGCGGUGCCGUGUUAGCCAAGGCUGAGGCUUCGAUUUCCAAUGGCACGGCGGAUAUGGAGGUGGACAGUAAGCUCGAGGUGGAAAAGGCGGAGCCGAUGGAGACGGAGGAGGAAGAUGGCGCCGUGGAAGACGAGAUUGUGCGGGAGAUUGAUGUGUUCUUCAAUGCUUCUAUUGACGCCAAAACUCAGCUGUAUGUAGUGCAGUAUCCGCUGCGAACAUGGUGGCGUCCUUACGAGUUAGACGAGCGAUGCGAAGAGGUUAGAGUGAAACCACGCAGUGCAGAAGUUGAAGUGGAUUUGUCUAUUGAUGUUGAAUCUCGGAACUAUGAUACUGAAUGCAGUAGCCAAUUGAAGUCGACGAAGCAGACUCUAACAUCUUCGUGGAAGCCACCUUGUGCCACUAGCUAUGCCGUGGGAAUUCUAAUUGGUAACAAGCUACAUUUAAAUCCCAUCCAUUCAGUGGUGCAGCUUCGACCGUCAAUGGAACACUUGUAUCCUGAAGGGUCGAAGAUGAAAAACUAUGUCACUAGCAACCAGGAAGGAAGUGUCAAAAUGGAGGGGAGUGAAGAAAAAGCUGGCCCAUCAAGAAAGCAGGGCAAGCAGUUGGAGCCUCCAAGCAAAGAAGAGACUGAUGAAGAAGAGCAUUGGGUUCCACUUGUGUACCACGGUGCACAGAGUGACCUCUCAGCCAGAUAUAUACAAAAGCUGGUGACAAAGCAGUGUUCUCCCAUUCAUUUUGCAAUGAACCCGUAUGAUUAUGUUAAUUCUUUAUGUCCGGGAGCUAGCAACCAGAACAGCAAACUGGAAGGUUCUUCAAGGAGGGUUCUGCUAUCGCUUCCCUUGGAUGAGAGAAUAAAGAAGAUCCUCUGCGAGGCGCCUUAUGCUCACCGUUAUAGUGCUUUGAGAUACUACGCUCCAGAUGUUUCGGAUGAAGUAUUUUUAGGUGUCCUCCAAAAAUAUGGUAUCCUCGUGCAAGGAUGCUGGGUGGCAAAGACUUCAUUGGUAGUCAAGGAUCCGCUUGAAUCCCUUGCACGAGAUUACAUCCUCUUAGGGUUCAGCAAAGAUCCAGUGAUUCGGAAAUCAGUACUUCCCCAUCCAAAAGCUCUCUCUGAUCACGUGAAAAAGUUCCUGAACAUAUUUGCUGUAGAGAGACCUUCACUGGAUGACUGGAAAUUCAAGCAGCCAACAGAUGUAUCGUUUUUGAAAAAGCAUCCAGAUAUUGUCAAUAGUCAAUCCCAACAGUGGGAGAAUAAUGAAAGAAAGAUAAUGGAUUUUCUCAAUAAAAAAGGCAGGCCGAACGCGAGAGAGGAGAAUAAUAUGAACAAUGCUAAACUGAGGCAGCCACGCAUGGUCACCAAGGAAGCAAAAUCUUCAAAAAUCGAUAGAACUACAGUAAAAGAUCCAAGCAGGACAACCAUGUCAUCUGAAACUCGUGAAGCUUUGCCAAAGGCACUGCAGAAAGUUUUUCAAAAUCAGAAGGUUUGCAGCUAUCAGAUUAUUUGUGAGCGGUUGCGGGGUCAGGCAGUUUCUGAGUCGACCAAUCCGAAAGCAGAUGCUAGAAUGGCAAGAAAUGCAGCUCAAGCAGUUGAUUCCCCAGAAGAGCUCCGGGAGGUUUUAAAUCGAAUUGCUGUAAAUAUUCAUGGAUUUUACGUCUUGAAAUCGUCUCCAGAUCACCCAGAACUCGAUCCGUUGAGGAGAGUGGUCAUGGAUCUUUUCAUAGGCAAAGGACCUGAAGCAAAACUUAAGAAGGGAGAGGUCAUCGAAGCCGCCAAGAUCUCUCUCAAGAGGGACAUUUCUAAGAAUGAAUUUGAAAAGGUUAUCACUGAUAUCUGCGAAUCCAAGGGUUCUUUCUGGGUCUUGAAUAGUGGCAACUGAGGUUCGAGAUGACCAGACGAUUAGUAAUUGUUCAUUUUCCUCUUUACUGCUACCAUACUUUGAAAGCCAAGAUGAGGAAAUAUGUCAUCCUUGUGCCAUAUUCAUCAAUUCUGGGAAGAGAAUUAUUCUCUUGUUGGAAUUCUGUGUGCAGAUGCAUGCACAUACCAAAUUUUGCCAAAUACAAAGCCUGAGGAACUUCUUUGCACAAUUUGUACAGAGAACACUUUAAAUGCUGCCCUUUCUUUUUCUCCCUCAAAAUUUCGAUCUCUGUUUGAAAUUGGAUAUGAACCCACUUUUGGGGGCUGAUAACUUGUUUAAUUAUGUUGAUUAUCAAAGCCUCGAUGGGGGGAACGCAUUUCGGGUA